UGAUAGAGCACUUCAUUCACUUUCAGUCAACAUAUGCUGAGUGGACAACUGGAAAUGGAUUGCCCGAGGGACACAAAAGCCUGUGAAAUUAUCUGGAAUGUGACUCCUUGCUGCAUCCUUUUAACUAUACUGUUAACUUGUAAACUCUUCUGCAAUUUCACCACUUCAUGAAGAAAUUAUUUCUCUGGUGUGAAGAUAUUUCUUGAAGUUCAGAGUAUCAUUCGUUUUUCUUUAUGAUCAGUUAAGUGUUAAGCAACACUUGAAUGAGUUGGCCAAGACUUGUGCUGAACCUGUUUCUCUAAAAAUAUCAGACGCGUGACUGGAACAUAUUGGACAGUCAUGGUACAGCCUUAGCUCUGAAAAUGCAACACGCCUUUUCUGGUGUCCUCGCCUUCACUGGAGGAGAAAAUUAAGAGCCUUAAUCUCUGAUGAUGACUAUGUCCUCUCCUGUGGGACCAGAAAGUGUCACCUUGUCACAGCUUGUCUCCAUCCCAACGCUGACCGUCCUGCCGCCAUCCUCGGAUACAGAGUCCUGGUCUCGCUCACCCAGCCCCAGAGUGGCACGCUCCAGCCGCCAUGGUCGAUUCCACCGCAGUAGGACCCGAACCAAAAAAAGGAACGAGGAAGAGCAAGGCUGCUCCCCUAAACGACAAUGGGGUAAAAAAAUUGUAAUAGAGGAGACUACAGAGACGGGCACAAUAAGACAUCGGAGCCUCUCGCCCUCCCCCUCUGCGGCGGGUCAAACAGAGGGGGAAGAGCAAGGUCAGGACAGCCCUUCCCUGGACCUCCUCCUGCCACCAUCUCGCUCCUGGUCUCGUAGUCCCUCUCCAAGCCGGCGCUCCCGCUGGUCUCUCAGGAGCCUGCUGAGCAGAGACUCUGACUGGGACAGCUGCAGCACGGCCAGUAACUCUCCACGCAGCACCCCCGGCAGCUCUCCCUCCCUGCGGCGGAGGGUCCUUGGAGGCGGCAGGGCGAGUGAGGGCGAGGGAGGAGGAGAGAAGAGCGCUGGUGGCGGAGUGGGAGGAGGAGGAGGAGGAGGAGGAGGGGGAGGAGGCUCAGAUAGCCCCCUGCCCUCCAUACCAUCUGCCUCCUCCCUCACAUCUGCCUACCCACUUGCUUCUCGCCACUUCAGCCGCAAUGCCAAGAAAAUGCAGAGCUGGUACAAUGUUCUCAGUCCUACAUACAAACAACGGAACGAGGACUUUCGCAAACUCUUUAAGAAACUUCCUGAUUCAGAGCGACUUAUAGUGGACUACUCUUGUGCUCUGCAGAAGGACAUACUGCUUCAGGGCCGUCUCUAUCUCUCAGAGAACUGGCUUUGUUUCUACAGUAACAUCUUCCGCUGGGAAACCACUAUCACUAUCCUGCUGAAAGACGUGACCUCUAUGACCAAGGAGAAGACCGCCAAGCUCAUACCAAACGCCAUCCAGAUCAGCACUGACAAUGAGAAGCACUUCUUCACGUCUUUCGGAGCGAGGGAUCGCAGCUUCAUGAUGAUAUUCCGGCUGUGGCAGAACGCGCUGUUGGAUAAGUCCCUGUCCCCCAAAGAGCUCUGGCACAUCGUGCACCAGUGUUACGGCACUGAGCUGGGCCUCACCAGUGAAGACGACGACUACGUCUCUCCCACCGCCGAACACAUGAACGGCCUACUGCCAGGAGACGAGUCUGUGUCGGUCACUGAUCUUCUAGACCUGAGCUCGGUGUCGGUUCCUUCCACGGGCAGCUCUCCCCUUCCCCUGGUGCCCUGUGCUCCGACCAUCUCUCCUUCAUCUUCGAACCUAGGGGGCUCCUCUCCCCCUUCAUCCACUUCCUGUCUGCCCAUAGAGGUGCCUUCCUCAUCGGGGCGCAGGCUCAGCUCCGAACCGCUUGAACCCAGUCCGCCCAGCUCCCAAAGCUCUCUGCCAUCGACCACUCCAACGAACGCCUCUGCCUCCGCUCCGGUGUCUGCUGCUGCCUCAUUUAAUCUGGAAGAGGGUGGGGACAGCCUGUCUGAGUCGGCAAAUCACAUGCUGCCCCCUCCAACCACCAGUCUGGGAAACCUCUCGUCAUUGGACAUCACCAACGAUGAGGAACUGCCCACAGACCCCAGCAACUCCUCUGACACGCAAGAAGAGAGUGAAGUGGAGUCUUUCUGCUCUGACCUGAGCGGGCGGGUGCACAUCAACACCGUAGUCCGCAUGAGCGUAGACAAGCUGCACGACCUGCUCUUCUCUGCCGACACACACUUCAUCCAGCACCUCUUCUCCCAGAGACACUUUACUGAACUUUCUGUGGGUGAAUGGCAGCAGGACAGCAGCAUUGGGACUUCCAGCCGCGUGCUAAGCUACACCAUCGCCCUCAACAACCCCCUUGGCCCCAAGACCGCCCCCGUUGUGGAGACACAGACACUCCAUAAGAGCAGCGCUCGGGGAGAGUGCUUUGUGGUGGACUCGGAGGUCAUCACCUCAGGUAUACCGUACCAGGAUUACUUCUACACUGUCCACAGAUACUGCCUCACCUCCAUCAACAAGCACAAGAGCCGGCUCAGAGUUUCCUCAGACAUCUGCUACAGGAAGCAGCCAUGGAGCCUGGUGAAAACACUGAUUGAAAAGAACACCUGGAGCGGCAUUGAGGAGUACUACAGAUACAUGGAGAAUGAGGUGUGCAAGCUGGAGACGCUACUGCAGUCUGAGGUUACCGUGGUAACCACAGGCGAAGCAGUGGGUGCAGAUGCUGCUAAGACUCCACCUGCUCUGCGGCGCCGCAAGCGGACGUGCUCUCGGCGGCAGGGCGAUAAGGAGAGAGAAAGAGAGGGAGGAGGCAUGGGCGCCGGAGAGCGAGGGGACAGAGGAGUCGGGGAGGAGAGGGACAGGAGGGAGACCAGCGCUCAGUAUAUAAAGCUGGGUGAUCGUUCCCGUGGUGGAGGACAAAGUAGUAUAUCAACCAUCCUCCUCAUCGUCAGCUUCAUUCUGGUGGUGCUGGUGGCUCUCAACAUGCUGCUGUUCUACAAGCUGUACGCUCUGGAAAGAGCGGCCCAUACACUGGAGACGUGGCACUCCUAUUCUGUUGCUGACAGUCCUUUGCCUCAGACAGCUGGAGAGUGGGCUCAGGUUUUACAGCUGCAGAGGCAGUUUCACCAGGCUCAGCUCAGCAAGUGGCAGCAGAUCCUGCAAUCCUCUGUCACGCUCCUUGACCAGAUGAAGCAGUCUUUAGAAAAGCUUCACCGAGGCAUCGUGGUCCCAGAGGUGCAGCAGGAUCCCCCCGAUGAGACCACCGCAGAGACCCUGACUGACGCCUGAGUCCCACCUCUUCUCGUCAGAACCUUCCCCCCUUAAAUGUCUCAUAUUUCUGAACACACUUUGAAGAGUGGACUGGUGAACUUCAGGACUGAGUUUGUUCUUUCCCUCAUUUCCAAAUGGAAUAAGAACACGAGUGGGACAUGCAGAGGGACUACAUUACCCAAAAUUCUCCUCGCCUGACUGACUUGAAUUGGCGACGUUUGCCUUCAGCCUCAACCGGUAAAAUCUCCACUGACUGAGGACCACAGCAAUAAUGAACCUACAGCUGCAAGUAAUCUGUAUGUGGUGUAUGGAAACAGGCCACUGGUGGGCUGAUUUAAACCUUCACUCCUCAAUAAUCACAGAAAGAUUUCAAAAUGACCGACUGAAUAACUUCCGCUUGUUUUACGACUAUCACAGACUCCAGCUCCUCCUCUGACAGCUUUCAUCCGUGCAGUGAGAAGGGAUCUAAAUUCUGGAAAGUGGGAACUUUUUCCUCCUAGUCCUGGGAACAGAUAUACCUUUGCCUCUAGAGAAUGCCUGCUGAAACAAAAACAAAACAAUAUAUAUAUAUAUAUAUAUAUAUAUAUGUAUAUAUAUGUAUGUGUGUGGCGCCACCUGCUGUGCGGAUGUGAGGAACAAACGCCCAGGAGGAGAGGGGGGGGGGAAGUGCUGACAGGAGCAGGCAACUUUCUCGCUCUUCCUGUCAGGGAUUUGUUCUCCUACAUGUCCAAUUUAAGGCUGUCAGUCACUCUGUGGGAGCCAAUGAGGAACAUUUCAACAGACACUCUGGUUUUCACUCUCAUUUUUAGAUGUAAACACUCCCCCCCCCCCCCACCCCCACCCCCACCCCCAGACCUGUCUGGGUUUUAUCUUCUUACAAAACAAGUGUGUUGGUUCGUCUGUUAUGACAACAAACUGCGUCUGACUGUUCCACGGACUGUUACAGUAUUUAUUAUCACCAUUGACUUUUUGGUCUGAAGUCCUGUCCUGCUCUCAAGAAGUCAUUUGGUCGGUAUUUUGUGCUCUGAUUUGCUGUUACGUUGCGGACCAAGAGGAGCUACACGAGAAGGAUUACUGUCACAGCAAUAAUGACAAUAGUGAUUCUAGUACUUUUUGAAUGUUUCAAACAAAGUAGUAUAUAAUAAUAAUAAUUAUGAUGAUGAUGAUGAAUUGUGUGUGAAUGUGCGUAGAGGCAGUGAAAAAUCCAAGCGAAGAAGACUUGACAGAUGUGUGCGUGUGCGUUCAAGAGAAGCCCUCACUGUUACAUUUUCAUAUUAGCGUUUGUUUCCGCGGAUUUCUCUCUCUCACGUUUUGGUUGCUCGCUCUUUGUAUCACAGAGCAUGACCGAAACGGUUCAGGUUGUUACGUAGACCUGAUCAGGUAGAGACAUGAUUAUUAAAACACUUGUCUAACCGGGCCGGGCGUUUAAAAAAAAAUAAAAAAUAAAAAAUGGACCAACCAGAAUUGAGUAGGCCCAGAUGAAGAAGAAGGGAAUCCUUUUUUGCAGUAUUGUUUUUUUUUUGUGUGUUUGCGUUUGUAAAAAAUCGAUUUGAUUUAUUGUUUUCUCUUUUUAUUCAGUUCCUUUUUCAUUUCGAUCUUCAUUAUGUUGUUGUCUUUAUUUGUCGUUUAUUUUCAGUCCGGUCCUCUCCGUCCACUUGAUUCAGAUAUUUGAAAAACAUCUCGACCAUCUCACUCAUCUGCACUCGCUCUUAGCUUUCUUCUUCUCUUUCUUUUAAUCACUCCGCCCCACUCUCCCUCACUUCCCUUCUGUGCACCCCUUCACCCGUUCCCUCGUUCUCCCCGUUUUGAUGAAACUAGCGGCUACAGAAGCAUGUGGGCCAUGCUGUGCGUGGUCAUCCAAAAAUAGCUAAAGAGUGUAAUAUUUAUUCAGGGAUGGAGGGAGGGGAGGGGAGGGGCUAAGGGAGAGAGAGUGACGGCUGAGGAGCGGGAAUGAGAUUGUACUGUAAAGAUGUGACUGUACACCACGCCAUGGAGAGAAAUGAAAAGUUCUAAAACAUUCAACACCUCCUCUCUCGUCUUUGAGUCUGUGUUUGUCCUCACUAUGAAAAAAAGUGGAUCUAAAUCUGCCUUGGAUUUUUUAUUUUGCAGCUUGUUUAGCUUUCACAUUCGGUCAAACACUGUUCAGUCAAUAAUUAGAUAAAAUGUGUUCGGACUCUGGCUCAGGGGAAGCAACAUAAAGGAGUGAAAUACAUA